CAUUGAAUUUUCCGAUUAUCAAUUACCAUUUGACCAACAAAUAAUGGAGGCCUUCCUUGAGGAGUUUCAAUAUCUCAAAAUCCAACUAGAGGCAAUAAAGUCGGCUACCAGAAACUUUGAUAACAACAAUAUUAUCGGAAAAGGUGGAUUUGGGAAGGUAUACAAAGGAGUCCUCUCUCACUCUACAGGGCAAAGCACGGUUGCUUUUAAGCGUCUAGAUCGUAACUAUGGGCAAGGAGACUCUGAGUUCUUGAAAGAGAUCCUAAUGCUUUCCUGUUACACACAUCAAAAUCUCAUCUCUCUAGUGGGAUUUUGUGAUGAAGAUGGUGAGAAGAUCCUUGUGUAUGAGCAUGCAUCUCAUGGAAGCCUCGAUCGCCACUUAAGCAUCACUACUCUCACUUGGAGGCAACGCCUAAAUAUAUGCCUUGGGGCUGCAAUGGGCUUGUGCUAUCUUCAUGAUCCCAAAGAGACCCAACAAAGAGUUAUCCACCGUGAUAUAAAAAGCUCCAAUAUUCUACUAGAUGAGGAUUGGAAUGCCAAAGUUUCUGACUUGGGGCUAUCGAAAAUAGGACCUGCUAAUCAGCAACAUACCUUUCUUGCCACCAACGUUGCAGGUACCUUUGGGUACAUAGAUCCGAUGUAUGCGGAGAAGAGCAUCCUAACAAAAGAGUCAGACGUAUAUUCUUUUGGUGUGGUGUUGUUUGAAGUAUUGUGUGGGAAACUAUGCUUUGAAAAUCAAAAUGGUCAUUUACAGAGUUUAGUGCAAACGUGGAAACAAAGCUACGAAGAUAAGAAAUUAGAUGAGAUUAUAUUUCAUGAUCUAAGGCAACACAUGGAUCCGAGCUCAUUGGAAACACUUUCAGACAUUGCCUAUCGGUGUUUGCACAAAUCUGGUGAAGAGCGGCCAAAGAUGUCUGAGGUUGUGGAAAAACUUGAGAUUGCGCUUCGGUUUCAGGUGAUUUCUGAAGAGGCCGAACCUCAAAUGGACUAUGAAGAGAUCAGUAAGAACGCGGUACCACCUCUGAUCUAUAGUUCCAGUGAGGAACUAACUAUGCUUCUCUCCAAAGGAAUCCUCGUUAAUGAGGGCAAAACGUGGUUUUGGUUAAACAAGAACGGAGAAAAUUGUGAAAUGAUAUCUCCAAUAGGAAGUUUGAUUCCUAUUGACCCAGCAUCCCCCGAGGAUUAUUGUCGAAAGAAAUCAAGAUUUGCAGUGGAAUACUAUGCACCGUUUUGUUUGGAAUUCAGAACACAUGUCAAGACACAAUUUUUGUCACCACAUAUCACCUACACUAUAAACCUUGUAUUCAGUCUCGACGACUCAACUAAGGACAACUUGGGCUUCACUUACAAAUUGGCUGGGCAGACACAAUCUUCGACUUCAUACUUUUCAGAUAAGAGAGAGGAUGGUUGGUUGAUGGCAGAAUUGUAUCAGUUUACAAGUGAUACAAGAAAUGUUGAUCUUGAAAUUACUUUUGAAUGCCCAAGCGCAAUUGCAGUAGAAGGCAUUGAAUUUCAACCCCUGGAGAGGGUGGAGCAUCAAUUGUUAGAGGAUGAAGAGGUGGAUAUACCAACUGUAUCCGAUUCAGACACAUACUGGACAGAUAAAUUGCCAAGUGAUUAUGAAGACAUAAUCAAGUGGUCAAAAGGAAGUCAGCAAUGGAAAACAAACAAGGAACUCUACUGUAUUCUUGUGAAAGGAUUCCCAAUAAAGGAUGGUAAAGAGUGGUUUUCUCUUGACAAAAAUGGGAGGAAAUGUCAUCUGUUACGAGCAAAAGAGGCUUUGCAAAAAGCAGAGUGGAGAUGGCAGUCUUUACCCGAAUCAAGAUUUGGAAAAGUGGCUUUUGGUGAACGUCAUGGCUUUCAGAUAAUUUGCAUAUCGAAUAUUCUGUCACCUCAAACAAAAUAUGGAAGUUUCCUUGUUUACAAAGUACAAGAAAAACGUUCUGCUCCUUGGCUUUCUGUGAAAGUGCAUAUUAGUUGUCGAUAUGGAUAUCCACAUCAUUCAAGAUAUACCUAUUUAGUUGGUCCUCAAACCCCGAUUCUUAGACCAAUGAAUUAUCAAAACACCCACACCCCGUUGAAUAGACCCAAAAUGGAAGGCCUUCCACGACUGAGAAACGAUGGCUGGAUGGAAGUACAAGUAUGGGAAUUUCAAACCGAUAGUCGCGGAUGGAUUUCGGAGAAUCUUCAGUUGACUGUUUUCGAUAAAAGCUCACUUGUAGGGCUUAUUGUUGAAGGCAUUGAGUUUAAACCCAUAUAGAUUGACAUAAUUAGGCUUGGGUAUGAAUUAAUUGUAAUAGGCUCUCUUAGUUAUGAUUAGUCACGGAUGAUUUUGUAAACACAUUUAAUUUGUUUUAAUGUCAUUUUAUGCGCUAGUUUCUUUCUUCA